UCCUGGGUACCCAAACCAUCCUCAGCAGAUGCCAGGAGGAUAUCCUCCCCAGUAUCCCCCAGGCACCGCCCCACCACCACACUACCCUCCUCAGCCCCACGGUCCACAAGGAGGCUACCCACCCGGGCCUGGUUAUGGUCACGGCCAGGGCCACGGACAUGAGCAGGGCCACGGACACGGGCAAGGUCACGGACAAUGCCAUGGACAGGGCCACGGACACGAGCACAAGCACAAGAACAAGCACGGGCACGAGCACAAACACAAGCACAAGCAUGGUCACAAGAAAGGAAAGGGCGGCCACGGGUCCUCCAGCAGCUCCAGCAGCUCCAGCGGCAGUGACUCUGACUAGAUGAAGAUUCCUGGAUGUGAAAAGAAUCCUCCUUAAUUAAUUACUUGUAUAUACAGAAGAAUAAAAUGUUGUUGUAGUCCUCCAGCAGCUCCUGCAGCAGUGACUCCGACUAGAUGAGAAGAGAAACGAGACAAGUUGCCACCUGGAAACCUUCAUCCUUCUACCUUUUAUUAUAAUCAUCAGACAUUGUGUUUGCUUUUAAUAGUUAAUGCUGUGGGAUGAUGAUCAUAAUUGUUCC